UGGCUGUGUUCCAGCUGUUCUUAGCAAUCUCACCCGUCUUACUGAACUUGACCUUUCUUUCAACAACCUGACUGGAGAGAUUCAAGAAGAAUUAGGCCUCAUGCAAGAACUCUCGUAUUUGCAUCUCGGAGUGAAUUUGCUAACAGGUCCAAUUCCACCUUCUCUUGGAAAUUUAUCAAAACUGUCUCACCUAGUAUUGUUUAAUAAUUCAUUGUCUGGACCUGUACCAGCAAUAUUUGGGAGCAUCCAAACUCUAAUCUGGCUACAACUGCAACAUAAUAAUUUGAGUGGGAAUCUUAACUUCUUGUCAUCUCUUUCCAACUGUAUGCGACUCCAAAACCUUGACCUAUAUGAUAAUUCUUUCACCGGACGAAUCCCUGAUACUAUGGGGAAUCUGUCUGCACAAUUAUUUGAGUUUGGACUUGGUGACAACAAGCUAACAGGUGGGCUUCCAUCCUCACUGUCAAACUUGAGCAGUCUUGAGUGGAUUUAUCUUGCCAACAACCAGCUCACAGGAGAGAUCCCAGAAUCUAUCACGAGGAUGCAAAAUCUCGUUUGGCUUGACGUCUCUCAUAAUGACAUGCUAGGGACUAUCCCGGCACAAAUUGGUAUGCUCAGCAAGUUACAAAAGCUUAUUAUCGAUGGAAAUAGAUUUCAUGGCUGUAUACCUGAUAGCAUCGGAAAUCUUACCAUGCUAGAAUACAUCUACUUGUUCGAGAACCAAUUCAAUUCAACUAUACCGGCAUGUUUGUUCCACCUUGACAAAAUUAUAACCCUAGAUCUUUCUAUCAAUUCCUUUUCUGGUCCACUACCAAGUGACGUUGGUGGGUUGAAACAAGUGGAUAAAAUUGACUUUUCUUUCAACUUUUUACAUGGAAGCAUCCCCAAAUCAUUUGGCAAACUAAGCAUGCUGACUAAUCUAAAUCUAUCACACAAUUCAUUUGAGGACUCUAUCCCCGUGUCAUUUAAAGAGCUGAGGAGCCUCAAGUGGUUGGACCUCUCCUCCAAUAAUCUCUCCGGUACCAUUCCCAUGUUCCUAGCCAAUUUAACCUUCUUGAAAACCUUGAAUCUCUCCUUUAAUAAUCUACAAGGCAAGGUACCACAGGGUGGUAUUUUCUCUAACAUCUCGUUGCAAUCUUUGGUUGGGAAUGUUGGGCUUUGUGGCAUACCCCGUUUAGGAUUCUCUCCAUGUAUGGAAAAACCUCACUCAAAUACGACGUAUUUUCUAAGAUUCCUGCUCCCUUCUGUAACCAUAGCAUUUGGGUGUACUAUUAUUUUCAUCUACCAAACCAUUAGAAAGAAAAUUAAAAACAAGGGAGAGGUUGAAGAUUCUGUCAUUGAUCCUAGAAAUGUUAUGUACCAUGGGCACCUGUCAUACCAUGAGCUUGUCCUUGCCACCAGUAAUUUUAGUGACGACAACCUGUUGGGGACUGGGAGCUUUGGAAAGGUCUAUAAAGGUCAACUUAGUACCGGUUUCACGGUGGCAGUAAAAGUUCUAGACAUGCAGCAGGAGCAGGCCAUUAGAAGCUUUGAUGCUGAGUGCAGCACACUUCGCAUGGCUCGGCAUAGGAACUUGAUAAAGAUAUUGAAUGUCUGCUCCAAUGUGGAGUUCAAGGCAUUGGUGCUUCAAUAUAUGCCCCGUGAGCUAGAGAUGCUCUUGCAAUCUGACAGCAUAGAGCACUUAGGGUUCCUCAAGAGGCUGGACAUCAUGCUAGAUGUGUCAAUGGCAAUGGAGUAUCUGCACCAUGAGCAUCACGAGGUAGUCCUGCACUGUGACUUGAAGCCUAGCAACGUGCUGUUUGAUGAAGACAUGACGGCACAUGUAGCGGACUUUGGAAUCGCAAAGUUGCUAUUGGGUGAUGACUGCUCUAUGAUCACUGCAAGCAUGCUUGGAACACUUGGGUACAUGGCACCAGAGUAUGGAUCUUACGGGAAGGCAUCACGCAAGAGCGAUGUUUUCAGUUAUGGAAUCAUGCUCCUUGAAGUCUUCACUAGAAAGAGACCCACAGAUCCCAUGUUCGUCGCAGAUUUGAGCAUUACACGGUGGGUUCGUCAAGCAUUUCCAGCUCAGCUUGCCUCUGUUCUGGAUAACCAGCUAUUGCAAGGUGUUCCUUCCUCUGCUGGCAAUCUGAAAGACUUUCUUAUGGCGACAUUUGAGCUGGGUUUGAUCUGCUCAAGUGACUCACCUGAUCAGAGGAUGUCAAUGAGAGAUGUCACGGUGGCACUGAAGGAGAUUAAAAAGCAUUAUACAGAAUCAAUAAUAUCAGCAAUCACGAGGAGUGCUACCCUGUGAUUCAACUGUUCUGUCAGUUCCAUCCACCAAUUAUUUUUCAGUACUUGUUUUGUCCCGUUGGCCUGUGCCCAAUAUGAUUUUGUGUAAACCAAUGCAUUUGAAGAUUCAUGGGUGGAGUUCAAAUACUGCAAUCCAACUAGCGUGUCUCUUAAAUUCAGUAACAGAAUGUCUGCUCAACGAGCUGCAUGCCAAGGGUCACAAGGCAGAGCAGAAGACCACUGCCGUGGCCUGUGGUUGCCAUGACAUGGAUUUUGCGGUCGACCGGGAGGUUGCGCGGUGGUCAGAGCCCGUGGCAAUUUCUGCUCGUCUUCUUCUCAGGCAUCUCUUCCUCAGAUAGCUCUAUUGUCGUGCCUGCACAGGACAACAUGCGUUCGAUGUUUUACCUAGAAGGUGCACUGAUGAGGAAUGCCGAUUUGUUAUUGGGACAAAUACUUGAUCCGUUGCCCACUAUCAAGAACAUGGGUUCCAGCAGUUUAAAAAGAAUGGACUUCGUGCGAACUGAUUCAUUCAUGUUAUAUUAGAAACUAAUUAUGUCUUUCCACUCUGCUCUCCAAACUCUGCAUGAUGGUGCACAGUUAGCAUCCAACAAAUGAAAAUUAGUUUGUGA